AUGUACGCUCCUGGAAAAACUAUGCGCUAUGGAGAGCUGCCGUCUACGCAAAUUGAUCUUAAAUUGAUUUUUAUUUCUUUAAAGAGCUGCUGUGACGUGUUAAGUUUUAAAAAUAUUAUUAUUUCAGACAAUAUCGUGGAAAUUAUUAAAUCUAACGAUAUCGAGAAACUGAAAAAAUUACUAUCCAUUCAUCCAAACAUCGUUCACAUGAGAGAUGAAUAUAAACACACACCAUUGAUGCGGACAGUAUGUUUCACCGACAAUACAUCAAUGGUGGAAAUACUCAUCUCAUAUGGGAGUGAUGUUUGGGCGGAAGAUAGUGUGAAACAAAACAGUUAUCAUUUCGCUGCAUAUCGUGAUCGUCACACAAUAUUAGAUAUGUUAUGUCGACAUGAUGUAACAAACAUCAACCGUGGAGAUGUUAACAACUUCACACCAUUACAUCUUGCUGCAAUGUUUGGUAACAUCUCAUGUGUUGAUGUUUUGUUGCGUCAUGAAAAUAUUGAUGUGACGAUCAAAGAUAAAUAUGGAAACACAGCUUAUGAUGAUGCUGGAGAUGAACACAACCGGGAAAUAAUAAGACGAAAAAUAAAAGAAUACGAAACCACUUUUAUAGUUUUAUGUGUGAUAAAAACGAGCGAAAUCUAUAUACGAUUUAAUUAUUAUGAUUACUACUUUGCUCUCCUUCUCUUAGUGGUUUGCCUCAUUCUUAUAUUAAAGUCGAUUUUGUUGUUAGAAUCCAUCUCACUAUUUUCUAUUUACUUCAUCCAACCAUUUAAAACUAAAUUUCGACGCCUAAAUUUCAUUGAGUUUGUCGCACUGGAUAGAUUAUUUCUUUAUGGUUUAUGA